AUGGCUACGAAACAAGCUCAAAAGAGGCUAACUAAGGAGUAUAAGAUGAUGGUGGAGAACCCACCACCAUUUAUUAUUGCUAGACCGAAUGAGGAGAAUAUACUGGAGUGGCACUAUGUCAUCAGUGGUCCUCCAGACACACCAUAUGACGGUGGGCAGUACCACGGGACUUUGACCUUCCCAUCGGACUACCCAUACAAGCCACCUGCUAUCAGAAUGAUUACUCCAAAUGGUAGGUUUAAAGAAAAUACGCGGUUGUGUUUAUCUAUGAGUGAUUACCACCCGGAUACGUGGAAUCCCGGCUGGUCUGUGGCUACAAUCCUUAACGGACUGCUGAGUUUCAUGACCGGUGAUGAGAGUACCACCGGCUCUAUUACGACCACUCAACAAGAGAAGAAGAUUUUAGCCAAAAAAUCCAUGUACUACAACACUUUUAACAGCACUAGGUUCAAGCUGGUAUUUCCAGAAAUUGUAGAAAAGAAUAUAACAGAAUUACAAAGGAGGAAGCAAGAGGAGAAAGACAUGUCGAUGUUCGAAAAAAAGGAAGAUCCCUUGGUGAAGGCAGCACGAGAGAAGGCUAUAGAGGUCAAAGAUAUAGUUAACCCAGAAGAUAGAAUCAGAGCUGAACAAGCUUUGAAAGAACUUGAAAAACAGCAUAAUGAUAAGCCAAACGGCUCAUCUUCUAUGUUUUAUAUUGGUGUUGCAUUGUUUUUGUUUUUAGUUGGACUUUUCAUGAAAUAA